GCUUCUUUCAACUGCAGCAACAGUUAUUCAGCCACCUCGGUAGCUUGCUAGCCAUAAUAGCCGAACCAAUAAAGCGCUUUAGACGUUUUUGUGUAUAUUAGCCACUGUGUUUUGAACCCACUUCUGUCGUCUAGUUAGUUAUCAGAUUUAAUUUCAUAUUUACGGUUGUUGUUAUUAGUCAGCUAGCGGGCUGGUUAAGUUAGCAUUAGCCUAGCUAGCUAACAUCUCCGACCGUGAGCUCACUAAGCUACUCUCCUCCUGCUACAGAAGAAUAUACGUUUUUGUGUAUGUUAGCCACUGUGUUUUGAACCCACUUCUUUCGUCUAGUUAGUUAUCAGAUUUAAUUUCAUAUUUACGGUUGUUAUUAGUCAGCUAGUGGGCUGGUUAAGUCAGCAUUAGCCUAGCUAGCUAACAUCUCCGACCAUGAGCUCACUAAGCUACUCUCCUGCUACAGAAGAGGAGGACUGCUGGACGGAGAAAGAGGGACUGUGGCUGAACGUUCUCGUGAAAGAGGAAGAAGGGGAUGUCACAAUACAAAAACAAGUGGAGAGUGAAGCUGUUACAGUGAAAGAAGAAGAGAAAGACGUUUCAGUGAAAGAAGAGGAAGACGCGUUCAGAGUGAAAGAGGAGGAUGAUGUUACUGUGAAAGAAGAGGAGGAAGAGAAAGAGGAGGAUGCCGUUUUUGGAGUGAAAGAGGAGGAUGGGGAGAUGACUGUCACAUUGGAAGAAGAGGAGGAGGAAACUGGAUUUCUGGGCUCGGUUUCCCAAAGGCAUGUUAAAGCGUCCAAUGUUUCUAACGAUGAACGGGCCCUGAUUAACACUAGAGAGAGACGAGACUAUCGUGGAUCCUCUGGGGAGCCUCAACAACAUCAUGAUGCUGACAGGGCAGAGAAGAGUCUCUCCACAUCAGAACUCCUCAAGAAACACCAGCAGAGACCCACAGGAAAGAAAUCUCAUUGCUGCUCUGACUGUGGGAAAAGAUUCAACUCUUUAGUAAAACUUAAAAUACAUCAAAGAAUUCACACGGGAGAGAAAUCAUAUAGCUGUGAUCAAUGCGGGAAAAGUUUUUCUACAUCUCGCUAUCUAACUAUACAUCAGAGAACACACACAGGAGAGAAACCAUACAUCUGUAAUCAAUGUGGGAAGAGUUUUAUUCGGCAACAAACCCUGAAAUCACACCAGAGAAUACACACUGGAGAGAAACCUUAUAGCUGUAAUCAAUGUGGGAAGAGUUUUUCUACAUCUAGCUAUGUAACUAUACACCAGAGAACACACACAGGAGAGAAACCAUAUAGCUGUAAUCAAUGUGGGAAGAGAUUUACUUGGCCAGACAGCCUGAUAGCACACCAGAGAACACACACAGGAGAGAAUUCUUAUAGCUGUAGUCAAUGUGGGAAGAGUUUUACUCGGCCAGACAGCCUGAUAGUACACCAGAGAACACACACAGAAGAGAAAUAUUGUAGCUGUAGUCAAUGUGGGAAGAGUUUUACUCGGCCAUACAACCUGAUAGUACAUCAGAGAACACACACAGGAGAGAAACCUUAUAGCUGUGAUCAAUGUGGGAAGAGUUUUACUACAUCUAGCCAGCUGACUUUGCACCAGAGAACACACACAGGAGAUAAACUUUAUAGUUGUGAUCAAUGUGGGAAGAGUUUUACUAGAUCUAGCUAUCUAACUGUACACCAGAGAACACACACAGGUGAGAGUCCUUGCUGUGAUCAAUGUGGGAAGAGAUACUCUGAUAAAAGAUCACUGAUUAAACAUCAGAAAAUACAUGAAGGAGUUGUUUCAUGAUAUCAAUGAAAUAAUGUCACAAUGUAGAAUGUUUUAACAUUGUAGUAGGAGUAUUUUUAUUCACAAUGUAGAACCCUAAAUGUUUGUCCCCUGUUCUAUUGAUUUUAUCCUGGUAUGGAUAUUAGCCUCCAGGGAAAAAUCCAGGCUCUGAAUUGAAAGAGUACUAUUUAUAUGAUUUAACAAAAAGUGACUAACAAAAAAAGAGUUGUCCUCUAACCAGGGAUGUACACAUUGUAGUAGGAGUAUUCUAAUGAUGUCACAAUGUAGAAUGUUUUAACAUUGUAGUAGGAGUAUUUUAAUGAUGUCAUAAUAUAGAACCCUAAACGUUUGCCCCGUUCUAUAAAAGGGGAAAGAUGCUCUGAAUUGAAUUUAACAAAAUGUGACUAACAAAAAAAGAGUUGUUACACUUACCACAUUGGUGAACCUCUUGAAUCAAAAUGAAGCACUUCAAAAUGUAGCUAGCUGUUUACCACAUUGGUGAACCUCUUGAAUCAAAAUGAAGCACUUCAAAAUGUAGCUAGCUGUUUACCACAUUGGUGACCCAUUUGAAUCAAAAUGUAGCUAGCUGUUUUCUACAAAUUGUCCUCUAACCAGUGAUGUACACAUUAUUCACAGAUUCCGUGUGGUUUUUGAGCUGUUAGUUUUAACAGGACGUGCAACCUCAUUUCCCUCCUCUCGGCACAAUUGAUUUCAACAUGAUAUCGAUGAGUGCUGACAAAUAAGUGUUGCGUUCCUUUGUUUAGCGACCCCUAAAUUUAAAUGCAUCACUCCAAAAUGUAGCUGACUGUCUUCUGCGGGUUGUCAUCUAACCAAUGAGGUAAAAGAUAUCUCCCAUUUCCAUGUGUUUUGUUUAGUUGUAUUAGUUUCAACAGCAAGAACAACCUGAUUUCCCCCCUAAUCGAUAUCAGUGAUUUAUUGCUACUUGUCAAAACAACAGUGUUUCUGGUGCGUGUGCAGUUAAUAAGGUGCUUUAAAAAAAAAAUAAAAAAAAAAAUUAUAUGAUUAUUGUGGCAGAUGUUUGUGUAUAUAGUACAUUUUAUGUUUACGUUUUCAAUUUAUCCCAAACUGUUUCUGCAUAUUGGUAAUUGAUUUGGAUACAUUAAAACUGUGUUUUGACAUUGGGCUAUCCCACCUAGAAAAAAAAGCCUUUUGAAAAUAAGAAAAUGCAACCAAAUAUUUCAUAUUUACUUCUCAUGUAACAUUUAGUAAUCAUUAUUUAUGUAACCAACUGACCAUUUUUGGUACAAUUAUAUUCACAUUGUUGCCCUGCUUUUAGAAUUUUAGAAUAUCAGGGUACAUUCUCAGAUGUGCCAACCCAAAUGUACUAGAGCAUGACAUUGGGGACUGGGUCCCGAUCCAACAACAUUCCUCGAGUGAGACCUGAAAAGAGAGAGAAGCUCCACAGUGAGGUGGAAAGUUACUACGGAUAUUGCAGGAGAUUCCUCUUGAAAUCAGACACGUCCGUGGUAAGGACAACUUGGUUGCUGAUUGUCUCAAGAAUGGGCAGUCAAAAAGAUUUGUGUUUUGCGUUUAGCCAGUGAGUUGCCAUGGAUCACAAUUUAUUUUGACUGCACGGUUUUCUUAUUGGAGAUGAGUUUUGUUUGGGCUCGUUCCAAGGGGACGUGAGUUCUAGAAGCUAGUGGGUUUUUAGGAAGACGAGAGUUCUAGAAGCUAGUGAGUUUUAGGAAGACAAGUGUUCUAGAAGGGAAAAAAUAAUAGUUUAGGAAUCUAUAGAAAGAAAAAGGAGAAAAGAUACGAUAUUAUAUUGUAUAUUAUUAUUUAGAAGUAAGUGUUUUUAAUUGUUGACAGCCAGUAGACACCAUGUUUAUAUUGGUGAAGCAUUUUAGUUGAUUAUAAUGUGAAAUGGAAAUUGUUUUCUGUUGGUGGUGAGCAAACUUGUCCAACAAAAAUAUACAAUAUAUUUGUUGUCUGAAGGGGGAAGGUGUUACAGGCUUUGGUUUUUCCAUUUAUGUUUUGAGGUUGGACUCGCCCAUAUAGCUUGUUAAUAUGAAUAGCUCGUUAGCACGUAGGACGCACUGAUUGGUGUCGCCUCGUUAGUCAGUAUGUGUUACACCUGUGCUGGCUUGUCCAUCUCGUUAGUGGGAAUGUGUUUCACCUGAGCUGGUCCAGGUUCUUUUUAAGAGUGUCUGGCCCAGUCCUCCAGUUGUCUUGAUAGAUGUGGAGAGUCAACACCUUUAGUUGCUCUACCUUUUUGGUUUGCUUCCCGUCUAAGUUUGGUGUGGGUUUUUCUUUUGUUUGCCUCUUGGGCAGAUUUAAUGGUUCUCAUGGUGGUUGUCUUUUAUGUCCCAGUUGUUGUUACUAGUCAACUUCCAGUGGACACCCCCAUAGUGUCUUUCAGAGCCCCUCCUAGAACCUGUUUAGUUGUGGUUGUUAUCAGUGAUUCUUUGUUAAUUCCAUCUUCUGUUUGAGGAACAUUUUUGGUUUUCUUGCUGGAGAACGUAACAUCAAACAAUGGAGUAAGACAGGAUAUUUUGGGUUGGAUAUUGCAGUGAAUUGUUAAUAUUUUAAUCGUUGACAUUUAGAAUGCUCAUUAGUUUCAGUCUCAAUAUUUCUGUUUAUUUUCAUUGUUUUUUCCUGUGAAGCCAUUGUGUUGCAUCCGUGUCUGAAAUGUGCUGUAUAAAUAAAGCUUGAUUUGAACA